CUAAACUGUGCUUGGUUGUUUUCUUGCCGUUCGUUGUUGUGUUCAGCUAUUUAAUAUUUAUUUUAAUUUAUUGUGAUUACUGAGUGAAGUUUUCAAUUAAUUGUGUAAUUUAUCUAAAUAGAGAGAUACAAAAAAAAUGAUUAUUCCGGUAAGAUGUUUCACAUGUGGCAAAGUCAUUGGCAACAAAUGGGAGGCAUAUUUAGGUCUACUACAGGCUGAAUAUACAGAAGGUGAUGCCCUCGACGCACUUGGUUUGAAGAGGUACUGCUGUCGAAGAAUGUUGCUGGGACACGUGGAUCUUAUAGAGAAGUUACUCAACUACGCUCCAUUGGAGAAGUAAUAUAGAAGUAAUAUUAGAGUAAUAUGAUAUGUGAUAUCUGAUAAGUAAUAAAUUUAUUUUUAAGGAA